AUGACCCUACAGGGCACCACAGCACUAGUGGGUUCAAAGGUCAAAGGGUCAGAGAAGAUGGAGGGUAAGAGUCACAGUAAAGUAAGCUUCUUACCAGUUCAAGAGAGUGUGGAAGAAACUGCGUCUCUAAGGAAGAACAACAUCUAUCAGAUACACCUUCUGCCUGAGAAAAAUGAUGAUUGGUCACUGGGGCUACACCUCCUGCGGCCUGAUGACUGGUUCAGUGACAAGGUGGCCUACCCCAAACUGCCCUGGCUGGGUGGGGAGCUCCUGCCCAAACUGGUAUGCUGGGCCACAGAGGGUAAGACCAGUGAGUUCAGGAGUACCCUGUCCCUGCUGCCUGUAGAGAAGUACAGCAUCAUGUACCAACAGCUGAAGGACAAGUACAAGGAGAUGGUAAAGGUUUGGCCUGAAGUAACAGACCCUGAGAAAUGUGUCUUUGAAGAUGUUGCCAUCGCUACAUAUCUUUUGGUCCUAUGGGGCGAGGAGCGAGCAGAGAAGGGUCUGACGGUCAAACAGUCCUUUGUGGAUCUUGGUUGUGGAAAUGGUCUCCUGGUUCACAUACUGAGCAAUGAAGGGCACCCUGGAAAGGGCAUCGAUGUGAGGAAACGGAAGAUCUGGAAUAUGUACGGCCCCCAAACACAUCUAGAGGUGAGGAAGGGCUAUAUGAAACACUGCACAGACUGGCUGAUUGGAAACCACUCCGACGAGCUUACGCCGUGGAUCCCCGUUAUAGCGGCCAGGCAAUCAUCCUCCUGCCGGUACUUUGUCCUGCCCUGCUGUUUCUUUGACUUCUAUGGGAAGUACCAGCGGAGACAGUUUCAGAAGUCAGACUUCAUCUCUGAGAUCAGCACAGCCUGUGGGUUCAACACAGAGGAGGACUGCCUGAGAAUCCACUCCACAAAGCGGGUGUGUCUGGUGGGAAAGUCGAGGAUCUACCAGCUGUCAAUCAAAUCACAGAUGGAAGGCGGUAUGGUCCAUAUCCGGAACUGGUGGGUACAGACCCAGAGACCCAGAGGGCUGCAAGGUACCAGGGCUGAUGCUAAGCAGAAGCCCCUACUCUCUGGUGCCCUGAAGACCCGGGCAUGCUGGUUCCAUGCCCACCACCCCCACGGAUGCCCCCUGCCGGCUGAGGAGUGUGCCUUCGCCCAUGGAGCCGACGACCUCCGACCUUCCACCAGACCACUCAAGAAAAUGAAGAACUCAAAUUGA